GUUAGUGGGGCAGCAGCAGUUAGGUAGUGGGGCAGUAGCAGUUAGGUAGUGGGGCAGUAGCAGUUAGGUAGGGGGACAGUAGCAGUUAGGUAGGGGGACAGUAGCAGUUUGGUAGGGUGGCAGUAGUGGUUAGGUAGUGGGGCAGUAGCAGUUAGGUAGUGGGGCAGUAGCAGUUAGGUAGGGGGACAGUAGCAGUUUGGUAGGGGGCAGUAUCAGUUAGGUAGUGGAGCAGUAGCAGUUAGGUAGUGGGGCAGUAGCAGUUAGGUAGUGGAGCAGUAGCAGUUAGGUAGUGGGGCAGUAGCAGUUAGGUAGGGGGACAGUAGCAGUUUGGUAGGGUGGCAGUAGUGGUUAGGUAUUGGGGCAGUAGCAGUUAGGUAGUGGGGCAGUAGCAGUUAGGUAGUGGGACAGUAGCAGUUAGGUAGUGGGGCAGUAGCAGUUAGGUAGUGGGGCAGUAGCAGUUAGGUAGUGGAGCAGUAGCAGUUAGGUAGUGGGGCAGUAGCAGUUAGUUAGUGGAGCAGUAGCAGUUAGUUAGUGGGGCAGUAGCAGUUAGGUAGGGGGACAGUAGCAGUUUGGUAGUGGGGCAGUAGCAGUUAGGUAGGGUGACAGCAGCAGUUAGGUACUGGGGCAGUAGCAGUUAGGUAGUGGAGCAGUAGCAGUUAGGUAGGGGGACAGUAGCAGUUUGGUAGGGUGGCAGUAGUGGUUAGGUAGUGGGGCAGUAGCAGUUAGGUAGUGGGGCAGCAGCAGUUAGGUAGUGGGGCAGUAGCAGUUUGGUAGUGGGGCAGUAGCAGUUAGGUAGGGUGGCAGUAGUAGUUAGGUAGUGGGGCAGUAGUAGUUAGUUAGUGGGGCAGCAGCAGUUAGGUAGUGGGGCAGUAGCAGUUAGGUAGUGGGGCAGUAGCAGUUAGGUAGGGGGACAGUAGCAGUUUGGUAACGGGGUCUUUCACUUAUCCAUAAAUUGUCUGCAUUUACCCGAACCAUUAGAAAAUAUCAAGAAAAGCCUUUCUUGGUCAAGCCUCCCAUCAACUCUUGUAUAUACGUUGCAUCAGGGUUGCCUUGUGGUUAGAGCGUUGGACUAGCAAUUUGGUAGUGGGGCAGCAUGACAUCUACUUAAUGGUUGCAAAAUCCCCGAGCUGACAAGGUACAAAUCUGUCGUUCAGCCCAGCUAACCCACUGUUCCUAGGCCGUCAUUGAAAAUGAGAAUUUGUUCCUCACUGACCUGCCUAGUAAAAUUAAGGUCAAGUAAAAAAUAAAAAAAUACAGGUGGAACAGGAAGCCAUCAUUGCUUUUAAAGCUGUGUGCAGGGCUAUUAAAGCGCAAAGCCCUGCAGUGGGGACAUCAUCAGAGACAUUAUGAGAGCCACUGCAGCCAUCCUAUUGGUCCUCUGUCUCCUGGCCCUCAGUCACGCCUGGGACUGUCAGGAGCUAGUGGACAUCAGUAAUCUGAUGCAGAUUGAUGCAGGACUGGGGCAAGUGGUUGCAACAGACACAAGUCAAAUCCCCUACUACCUGGUAGGUGAUAAAUGGAUCCGCCUGCCUGGUUCCCUGAAGCAUAUCACUGUAGGACCAGCAGGGAUCUGGGGUGUCAACAAGGCAGACUCAAUCUACAAGUAUGUGGCCGGUAACUGGAUGCAAGCUGCAGGCCUUCUGAAGCAGGUGGAUGCUGGAGGUGUUCAGUUUAUUGUUGGACGAUACUCCAUACUGUCGGACUCACACAAGGGACCAGACACCCCUUCCAUGGACAAGAGUGCCAGGAAGUGUGAAGUACUACAGUUGUGGACACUUUGGGUGCUGGGCAGUCAACAAGAAUGAUGAUAUCUACAUAAUGAGUGUAAGAUCUGGGAAAGAGUGUGAGAGCUGGAGCAGAGUAGUAGAGGAUGGAGAGUGUCAGUUAUUUUAAAACUGUUUCAUAUUAUAACUGUUGAAAUUAGUCCUAAAACUCUGAUUGAAUAUGUUUGUUUCCAACUGAAUCAACACUGCCAAAACAACGGGUGGAGUCCCAUUGACGGCAAGCUUUUUGUGAUUGAGGUGGAAACUGAUGGUAGUGGGGUCAACUUUUUGGGUGAUGUUUAAACUAGGUAAGGUUGUGUUUGGUUCUGAACAAACAGAGUAAAAACUCACGAAAAGCUCAAACUAAGUUCAUUCACCCACUGGGUUAAACAACUGCAAAAUACAAAAACAUGAUUGCACAAACACAUAUAUUUUUGUCCUCCGACUAGCCGGAAUCAACUCCUUGCACAUCUAGACAGCCAAUACAUAUCUGUUGCUAGUCAAGAACUUGUUUGGUUUCUCUCACUGGUGUAGUCAUGGCCCCGCCUGACGCUAAAACCUUUGUGGUCUGUUCCUUCUCACUCCAUCUGACCUGUGACCUGGGCUGAAUUCCUCUCUCCUCCUUAAUACCCGCCUGUCCUCCCUUAUCUGUGAUUGAAACCAGACAUUUGCCCUGUGCUUCCCCCCUUAGGAUCCAUGAGAUUCAACAAUAACAUGUUUGGACAGAAUGUAAACUUUCUUCAUUCCCAUGUCUCAGUCAACAACUUUCCAUACACCUACAGUACCAGUCAAAAGUUAGGACACAUCUACUCAUUCAAGGGUUUUUCUUUCGUUUAACUAUUUUCUACAUUGUAGAAUAAUAGUGAAGAAUUCAAAACUGUGAAAUAACACAUAUGGAAUCGUGUAGUUACCAAAAAAGUGUUAAACAAAUCAAAAUAUAUUUUAUAUUUUAGAUUCUUCAAAGUAGUAUCACAUAGUGAUCCAAGAUGGCAACCCGCCUCACCCAAUGUGAUACGGAUCCACUAUUUUUUUAGACCUUACAGCUAGAACCUCCAUCAGAAGCUAGCCAUCAGAUGCUAAUUUUGCACGCCCAAUUUUUCAGUUUUUGAUUUGUUAAUAAAGCUUGAAAUCUCCAAUAAAUGUCGUUCCACUUCA